AUGACCUUAUCCAAGACUAUAAAAUCCUGGCUCGAGGACCUGCGAGACCAUUUCAAAGCGAACAAUCGCUGGAGGCGGUUACUAAAGUACAACCUCGCUAUGACCGUUGCCGUCAUUAUCUCCAUCCUGCCUUCGGUCAUCAGGGCCUAUGGAGUCGACACGUUCUUUAUACCGCUCCAGGUUGUCUUCUCUCACCCGGCCCAGCGCGUCGGUUCCAUGAUCGAGACUCAGAUCCUAGUUCUUUCUGGCGUUGUUGUCGGCACGGCCUGGGGCUUGCUUGGGCUGUAUCUCUCCGGUCUCGUCGUCGACUCGAACAUAAACGCUGCAUUCGCUAUCCGCGCCAUCUUUGCCCUCUGCUCCGCGAUGACCCAUGGCUUCUUACGAUCCUCUACCCCGAAGCUGUUUAGCUUCGUUUGGUUCCUCCUCAUGACCAGCUUCAUUAUCUUAGCCGCGAGGCCCCUUCACUUCACCGUUUCGCUGCUGUCUCUUAUCAUGUAUCCCGUUCUCACCGGACAAGCCAUCGUCACCUUUUUCGGUCUCGUGCUAUAUCCCGAUUCGUCCUCUAGUUUCCUGGGUGAAGCUACCAUACAUGCCUUAUCUGAGACGUUUGACACGCUUUCUAAAGCCACCUCGUGGUUCAUUGCCUCGGAAGCCGAGCUUGAACAUGUCCUGACUCGUCCGCUGACCAAGCUAACUACUGUCGACACCAGCGUAACGUUAGCGACGCUAGAAAGGAAGCAGACCACGGCCCUAUCUAGAAUGCGCUCAGUGCUGCACAACCCCCUAGCGCACAUGAGGAGCAGAAAACCAGAGGAGAAGAAGAAAAAGAAGAAGGACAAGGAGCCCCAGGAGCCCCAGGAGGACGAGUCACCCCUAUUGUCUUUGACAAACGCCAAAUCAGACCUCCGACACAGCCUAAACAGGUGCAAAGACGUCCAGAGAGAAGUCAACUUUGAGUUGUCCUAUUCGGCCCUGCCCUUGGAUAUCCUUCGGCCGAUCACCACCGAAGGCAUGGCGAGCCUCGUCCAGGAGACCAUCAGGAUUGUGGGUGCCUGCGAAAACAAGCUGGUCAUGAUCGAGGAGGAAGACGAGCCCAGCGACAACGAUAAUUCUUCCGUGGUGACGGAAAAAUCUGCCCCGCCAACAACUCGGCAUAGCCAGGAGAUGGUCGACGCGGUGCCCGAAGCGACAUCGUCGGGAAUCUUUUUCAAGCGUCCUCCCGGCCCCGCAAGGACCCAUUCGACGCCAAAGGAAGAGUUUCUCGAAAAGCUAAAGCUCGUGAAGCCGACUCGCGAAAUAGAAGCCUGUGAUGCCGAUCUACUCGAGGCCAUCGUUGGUCGUAUCAGAGCGCCGACUAAGGAAUUCCAGGUUGCUCUCAAGGAAGCAGUCUCCAUUCUGAUUACCUCGCUCGCCUACUGUUACGAUGUUCCAGAACUACCGUCGGGCGCCAAAACACCCAGGGGCGUGCUUUUGGAAGAGGUCGACAUGUUUAUCGACAGCUUCGAGAGGGCCAUCUCGACUUUCGACGAGGAUUCUAUGGACGAGUUCAAGCAGUUCACCGGGAACAAAGACGACCUUGAGGAGGAGGACAUUCUUCCCCAGUUCGAGACCUUUCUCGUUUCUUCGUUCCUCCUAGGUCUACGUCAGACAGCCAUUCAUAUCCUCCAGAUGCUGAGGUACGCGAGACACCUCGUCGAAGCCAGGAAACGGCGCAACGAUAAGCCGAGAGUGUAUUGGCCUCACUUCACCGACUGGGCUGAAUGGCUGUCUCUCGGCGGAGAGGACGACGCCAUGGUGCUGCCCAAGAAAGCAAGGAAGCGCGCUCGUUCCGGCGCAGCUGAGAACGGUAAUAGCGAACAUCCCACAUAUGAUGCCGAUACGAUUUCCAUCAGGACGGACCGCUCGGUGAAAAAAUGGAGGACAAGGGAUACAGAAGCAGGCCGCUCCGACGCCGGCACGACCACCACCCGAGAAUCGAAGAAGCCGAAAAAGAAAUCCGUCAGGUUCGAGGAAAAGCACAGAUCCAAGAAACCAGGCAAGGAGAGCUGGAUAAUGAAGAUCAGAGGAAAGGCCGCCGACGCGAUCGAAUGGGUGAGAACCGACGACGACCUCGAAUACGCCAUUAAGCUGUGCGUUGCCGUGGCGCUUGUCAGCUGGCCCGGGUUCCUGCCGUCGUGGCAUAUCUGGUACACAGAUCUCCGCGGCGUUUGGGCUCCGCUGCAGCUCAUCCUCGUUUUCGAAGUGGCUAUCGGCACCUCGCUCUUUGUCUUCUUCAUGCGUCUUCUGGGUGUUAUCGUCGGUUGUACGCUUGGCUAUGCUGCUUAUGCCAUUGGUAGCGGUAACCAUGCUGUCGCUGUUAUCAUUCUCAUGCUUGGCAUUAUCCCGUCGACUUACAUGCAGGUGGAGACGAAUGGCGUUGCCGUCGUCAACUUCUACGCCCGCCUCGUCUCCUUCCUCAUCGGCGGCGUCGUCGCCAUCUUCGUAGAAAUCUGCCUCUACCCCGUCCGAGCCCGAGACCGCCUCAUCGAAUCCCUCUCCUCCGCCCUCCGCGAGCUCGUCUACAUGCAGGGAGCCGUGUCCUUCGGCAUCGAUGACCCAGAACUAAAACAACACUCGACGCGGGUCUAUUCGGCCUUCGAGUCCUCCCGCAACAAGACGCAAGCGGCCCUCGCCGCCGCCGAAACUUUCUUGCCCUUUUGCGUCAGCGAACCGCGCCUCAAGGGCGACUUCAAGGCCCUGGUGCCCGUGUAUGCCGAGAUCAUCUUCGUGCUGCACCAGAUUCUCGACCGCAUGGAUAACGUCGUCAGCCUGCGGAAGAACUACGGUUUCUCCAUCCUCGAGGACUUUAAUCCCGUCAUUUACACCUACAGACGCAACGUGGCCGGCGGCGUGACACUUAGCAUCUUCGCCGUCAACGAGGCCCUGACGACGCGCCUCCCGCUUCCGCAGUACCUUCCUUCCAACCGCACGGCGCAGCUCCGCCUCAUCCACCGCGUCCGCGAAGUCGUCGCCUCCCGCCGCCAGCGCCAUGCCAGCGCCACGACCGAAUCCCCACACUCCGACUGCGAGUCGUCCGUUUCCUCCCUCGACACGACGGCGCAGAUCGCCGCGCGCCAUAAGAUCCUCUCGUGGAACGCCGCUACGUCGGGGCACAUGGAGAUUAUCGAAUACGUCGAGGAGCUCGUCGAGCUGGCUAAGCUCAUCGUCGGCGUCAAUGCCUUCCGCGGCGGCAUGCUCGCCCAGCCCGACUUUGGCACGUAUAUCCGCCGCGGGAGCACGCGCUUCACCGAACUUCCCGGCGCGCCGCACCACCAGGGUAGGAGAGUCAGUGCCGAGGGUGGCUUUAGCGACGGUGCUGGUCUUAGGAGGGCCGCGACGUAUAGCGGGCCCGUUCCGAGGUGGGUGCAGAGGAGGAAGAGGGCGCUUGUUGCUAGAGGAAAGGCAGCGGCGAGUAAAGCGAAGGAGGCUGCCGAAGGGGAGGAGGUAACGGCGACAGCAGCGGUCGGGGAGCAUCAGGUUGUUGUGCCGGGGAGUUUGAGGAGGGUGGGGACGAGGUUUAGGAGGGAUGCGACGGUUUCGAGACGCAUGGGGACUUUGGCGGAGAAGGGCAAGGGUGUGGAGAGGAGUUGA